AUGGCUUUCAAGGUCGCUACCCUCUGGCAGGCGCCCGAGCUCAAUCCUGUCAAUGGCAAGGCCCGUUCAAUUCCCGUCCUCAACCCGUUUGACAGACAUGGCCGUGUCUUUUUCUUCUCUUGGAUUGGCUUCAUGGUUGCGUUCCUCUCGUGGUACGCGUUUCCGCCUCUGUUGACCUUGACCAUCAAGAAGGAUCUCAAGCUCACGCCGACUGAGAUUGCCAACUCCAACAUUGUUGCUCUUGCAUCCACGCUCUUUGUUCGCGUCCUUUCCGGUCCUUCAUGUGACUACUUCGGCCCAAAGGUCACUUUUGCCGCCCUUCUGCUUCUGGGCGCCGUCCCCUCUGCCCUCGCCGGCACCGUCACCACGGCCAAUGGCCUGAUUGCUCUGCGCUUCUUCGUUGGCAUCCUCGGCGGCACCUUUGUGCCCUGCCAGGUGUGGACUACCAGCUUCUUUGAUAAGAACGUCGUUGGCACGGCCAACGCCCUCACGGCCGGAUGGGGCAACGCCGGCGGUGGCAUCACCUACUUUGUCAUGCCCGCCAUCUUUGACUCUCUCGUGGAGCACCAGCACCUCGCCCCCCACGUUGCGUGGCGCGUGUCCUUUGUCGUGCCGUUCAUCCUCAUCACCUCUAUUGCUCUCGGUAUGAUGCUGUUCUGCGACGACUGUGCGACGGGCAAGUGGUCGGAGCGCCACCAUGCCGUCCAGGGUAACCUGCACCGCCGCGGCCUCAGCACGUCCAACUCGAGCGUCCAGGAGAAGCGCACUGGUGAUGCUACGGCUCCCUUUGAGGCAACUCCCGAGGCUGCUUUCACUGAGCAGAUGAAGAACGAGGCUGUCUGCAACGAUGCUGAGCUCAGCGACCAGGAACUCCUCGACGCUGCCAACCACGAGGUGGUUAAGGCACCGACUCUCAAGGACACCAUCAUGGUCACCAUCAGCCCCCAGACUAUCGUCGUUGCCGCUGUGUACAUGUGCUCCUUUGGUGCCGAGCUUGCCAUCAACUCCGUCCUCGGCGCCUACUACUUCAAGAACUUCAAGGCGCUUGGACAGACUGGCACCGGCCGCUGGGCUGCCAUGUUUGGCCUGCUCAACGUCGCCUUCCGUCCCCUUGGCGGCGUCAUCUCGGAUGCGCUCUACCGCGCCACCGGCAGCGUCUGGUCCAAGAAGAUUUGGCUCUGCUCCCUCGGUGUCGCCUGCGGCGCCUUUCAGAUCGCCAUUGGCUUGACCGACUCCCACUCCCACUCCACCAUGUUCGGCCUCAUGGCCGGCAUGGCCUUUUUCCUCGAGGCCGGCAACGGUGCUUGCUUCUCCCUCGUGCCGCAUGUCCAUCCCGCCGCCAACGGCAUCAUAUCCGGCAUGGCGGGCGCCGCGGGCAAUCUCGGCGGCAUCAUCUUUGCCGUCAUCUUCCGCUACCAGGGUACCGACUACGGCAAGACCUUUUGGGUCAUUGGUGUCAUUACCAUUGCCAUCAACGUGCUCGUAUCCUGGGUCAAGCCUGUCCCUGCUGGUCAGGUUGGUGGUCGCUAA